AUGUUCCCUCUCAAACUGGUGUUCAGAGUGGGCACCCUGCGUUUCGCCGGACUUGGCAGGCCCUCUGUCUCGGUGACACCAAAGCGAACAGUCAAGACAUCGAUCGUCGACUGGAAACCUAUGAACUCCACUAAAAUGGACCUAAGAAAGGCCGAAAACAAUGCCAAACACAGAUUUUUCCGCGGCACCCUUUUUGGCUUGAUGAUUGCGAUGCCAAUUAUCAGUUUUGCUUUGGGUUGCUGGCAGGUCAAGAGACUACAGUGGAAGGUGGACCUUAUCAAAAAGGCGGAGUUUCAACUAGCGGAGCCUCCCUUGAAUGGUCUCCCUGCUGAUCUAGAUCCAAAUGCGAUUUCGCAGUUUGAGUUCAGAAGAUUCCGCAUCAGGGGCCAUUUCGACUACUCUCAAGAGAUGUUCCUUGGCCCCCGUAUCCGAAAUGGUGAAGUGGGAUAUUUGGUCAUUACACCAUUUGUGCGUGCAUCCGGAGGAAAGCCAAUAUUGAUUGAGAGAGGCUGGAUUCGUAAAGCCAAAGUGAUUCCUGAGACCCGCUCUCAUGGCUACUUGUCCCACUUGGCCAUGCCACAGAACGAGAUUACCAUCGAGGCCAUGUUCAGGGUGAUGCCCACUAAGUCUAGCAUACAGCUCGACCAUGAGCCCGGAACAAAGCUAUUCUAUGUCCAUGAUGUUCCUACAAUGGCAGAACAGUCGGGCGCCUUGCCUAUAUAUGCCCAGAUGAUGUAUUCCUUGAGGGACCAGCCAGACUGGACUGGACCAGAUGAUCAACCAGCCAAGGGAUGGUCUCUCUUUAGCAAGCCUGCGGAUAAGAAAACAAAUUCUCAUUUGCCUGUUUCUGAUGCUGACUCGACGUUGGAGUGGCAGGAAUUGGAGUUCAACAAUCAGGGUGUUCCUAUCGCUGCUGUGCCAAAAGUCAACUUCACCAACAACCAUUUCCAAUAUUUGAUUACAUGGUUUGGAGUUUCACUUGCCAGCAGUUCGCUUUUGGCAUACAUUGCGUAUAAAAAGAAGACCUUGGGAAGUGCUGACAAGCUUCAAAAGGCCAAAUUGAAGAAUUUCUAA